AUGAACCCUCGGGAACUGGGCAAUUUCUGCUUGGACUGCCAUUGGGACACUUUUGAUGAUAAGAUGUCCAUACCGCCGCCAGAUCAAUGGCAUUGCAAUGAACUUCACCGCCCCGGCGAUUUGAAUUGCGAUGUAGAUGAGGCGUGCUGCAAUAACGAUACCUGCUCCUUCAACUGUUCGUCUGUUUGCGAUGGCUUCGUUGAUUGCGAGAUCUCAUCGACUUUAUGCUCCGAUGCUAAUUGUGAAGAAGCCCACUGUGAAAAUGCAGAAUCUCCCUGCUUUGAAAAAAGUUGCUUUGGUGAUGGUAACAGUGUGAAUCAAAGCAUCACAGACCUCUUCCAUGAUGCCACCUUACACUGGGAUGCUGCUGCUUUCUUCCCUCCCAUCGUUAACCAACAUCCUACAUCAGCAGCCGAAUCCCAAUUAUUUAGUCAGUCACCUACGGGCGGUCAUCAUAACAAUACCCAUUUUCAACUGCCUGAUUCCCACUGCCAUGAGUCUACACAUAAUGCCCAACACCAUCCGUGCCACCAAGCGCCGGAAGACUGCAUGGGAUUAUGGACCCCUGCCGAUUCUGGUCAACACGAUUUCGGCCAUGUAGAUAUGCCCCACGAGCUAUGCAAUUCAUCUCCAUUUGAUACAAAUCAAAGCCAGGAAAUGUUUAGCCAGGCCUCCGAUCUCUCCAAGCUACCUUGUUUCCAGAACGAUGGGGCGCUGUCUUGUUCAGAUGCAGGCUUCCAGCAUCUAGGUUGUUACCUUAGAAAUUCUGGAGACACUGGGUUACAGCAAUUCUCAAGAACACAAUCUCACAGUCGUGUUCAUCGUCAUUCGCACAACCAGUCACACCACAGAGUUUCUCACUACUCUCGCCACAAUACCCGGCGAAGUGUGAGUGCUCAAUUACUAGCAGACCCCAUCGACAGUCCACCAUCUUUAGAUAGAAACACCCCAUCAGCUCUCACCAGUCCAGUCCCAAAAUCCGUUGUCGACGAGGAUGAAUCAUACGUUUGUCGUUGGAACAACGGGAAAGGCGCUUGCGGGUCAAUCUUCUUAACAUCUGGGGAACUUCAACAACACCUCCUCACAGUGCACACAAAUUUAAUCAGCGGCAAAAGAGGCAACGGUUACUACUGCUGCUGGCAAGGGUGCCACCGACCGGACGAGCCUUUUUCUCAAAAGUCAAAGCUUCAAGGCCAUUUCUUGACUCACAGUAAUUAUAAAAAUUUCAGCUGUUCAGUCUGCGGCAAGGCAUUUGCAAGACAGGCGACUCUUGAACGCCACGAGCGCAGCCACCGUGGCGAGAAGCCUUUUACGUGUAAAGUGUGCGGCAAAGCAUUCACCGAUAGUAGUGAGCUCAAGACCCAUUCGCGAACCCAUACUGGCGAGAAACCUUUUAAGUGCAACUUUCCAGGUUGCAAUUUUCAAACUGGCGAUUCAUCGAAUAUGUCCAGUCAUAAACUUACACACAACGGACGCCAACACAAAUGCACAUUUCCCGGCUGUUCAAAGAGUUUUACACGGCCUGACCAAUUGAAACGCCACCUUAAAACGACCCACAAAGUCGACAACCCUCCUACUGAACUAUCAUUACCUUUGCUGUCACCCCCCCAGGCAGUGUAUUAA